AAAUAGCAUACCGACCGACCAGGUACAAGUCAUUCAAGCAAUCAGAAAACUCAUCAUCCCAACUCUGACAAACUUUGCUAGCGUAUGGUUUAUGGCUCUUUUCCUCUCCAUCAUAGUAACAGGUGUGCUUGAGCUCCGAUGGAGUGGUGUUAGCAUCCAGGACUGGUGGCGCAAUGAACAAUUCUGGGUGAUUGGUGGUGUCUCAGCUCACCUUUUCGCCGUUUUCCAGGGCCUCCUCAAGGUUCUUGCUGGAGUUGAUACCAACUUCACUGUAACAUCAAAAGCAGCAGAUGAUGCUGAGUUUGGAGACCUCUACCUCUUCAAAUGGACUACCCUUCUCAUCCCACCAACCACUCUUAUAAUCCUGAAUAUGGUUGGAGUUGUAGCUGGAGUUUCAGAUGCCAUCAACAAUGGUUAUGGUUCAUGGGGACCUUUAUUUGGGAAACUAUUUUUUGCCUUCUGGGUCAUUGUCCAUCUCUAUCCAUUCCUCAAGGGUUUGAUGGGAAGGCAAAACAGAACUCCUACCAUUGUAGUCCUUUGGUCCAUCCUUCUCGCUUCGAUUUUCUCACUGGUUUGGGUUCGAAUUGAUCCUUUCCUGCCUAAACAAACAGGCCCAGUUCUUAAACAAUGUGGUGUCGAAAGCUAGCCAUGCAUUUGAGGUCCUUGGCUUCCCUUUUUACAGUUCUCUUUCUCAGAUUCUACCACAUUUUCCAGUUGCUUCUUUGAAUGGUUUUCAAGCUUUCUAAGAGAGUGAUUUGUGUAUACAAUCAUUAAGAGGGAUUUUGUUGGUAAUGUGCAUACUCUGAGCCCAUGGCAUAUGUACACUUCACAAAUACUGUAAUGAAAAUAUUGAAAUCAGAGUCUCCACCUGAACAACAUUGUGUGCAUUGUGAAUUGCCCUGAGAAAUGUAUCUUCUCCUCCUACCUGAUGAAGAUUGUCAAUCCAAAUCCAUCGGUCUGUAUGUAUGACUAAGAAAUUUCUUAAUUUUGUGAUUCAAUAUGAAGGCUUCUCACUUUUCAGGCUA